AUGGCGGUGUGUUGCUCGUCUGAGUUCAGUAAUUUAAUGGAAAUAUCUGUUUAUCAACAUGUGAUUUCCAAGGAAUCUAUAGACAUAAAGUUUCCCAAGAUAUAUAUUAUGAUGGUAAACGAAUCAGCUGGCAUAACGAUUACGAAUCACUACAGAAAUUUAUCGAAUGUGUAUUUGCACAACAAGGCAAAUGGAAAUCGGCCGGAGGAACUUCAAAAAAGUUUGUAAGUUCUAUUGCGGAUUUAUCCUGCACAUGGUAUCCCGGUAAAUUAAACUCCUUGUUAUUCCAUGGCAAAACUGGGGACUUAGUAAACGAAAUUUUGGUUACGGUAUGUAAGUCAACAUUGUUUAAUACUUUUGAAAACAGUGUGAAAGUGUGUGUCCAAAAUAUCCCUGUGCUUAAUAGUCGGGACACUGAUGGCAUGACUAAUUCACCACACACACAGACCUCGAACGUUUCGUGUAGCGCAGUUAAAGAUAUGUAUAAACAGCCGAGUCCGAAAUAUGUUGAUCAAUCUUCCCAAACUGUUGAUCCGAACAGGGAACAAUGUUUGUGCGUUGACUUGUUAUCUGAGUUUGAUAACAUGAAAAUCAAUUUCGAAAUUAUAUUAACUAGAAUAGAUGCUCUACAAUCGCUGGCAAAUAUGCAAGCCAUAUGUUUUAGUAAUGACAACAUUGUGCAUCUUGAAUCCGUGCUUGAUGGGGAGGGAAGUAAAAGUAUGAAAUCAGAACCCACAAUAAGUCUAAUGGAGAAGGAAAAGAAUUCUGAAAUUGAGGCACUUAAAAGCAAAAUUAAUUCCUUGGACAUGAAAUUGGAAAAAUGUUUAAAGGAUUAUGAUGCUAUCUCAAAUCAAUCACCUAUUGUUAUACCCCAAGUGCCUAUUGUCUCUCCACAAUCGCCUAUUGUUCCACCCCAAGCGUCUAUUACUCCCUCGUUGCAUGUUAACAAAAAGAAUCAUGAUCAAACCCCCGAAUUGUAA